UCGGUGGUGUAAUUCAAGCAUUUGGUUUCAAACAGGUUUGACAAAGUGACAAGGCAUGGAAUGGUUCUAGGGAAGAAAACUGUUGCUGGCAAAGAAAGCUAUAGUGCUGACAAACAACAACCUACAUUUACGGUGGAAGUGCUAUGGAUCAGGGGAAUAAAGAAGCUGUGUCCACUAUUUCCUUUGCUUGUGAAGGGUCGUAACCUCUACAAAUUGAGAACGUUUAGACAGAGUUGGAGUGAAGAAGCUGAAAGAUCACAAGUGCUUGCUGAGAAGCACAGACGAGGUGAAGCAGCAAGGCGUGUUAGAGCAAUGAAAAAAUCAAGGAAAUUGACUGAAAAUAGAGGUGUGAAGUGUACAGAAAAAAUCACAUUCUACCAGACCAAACCAAAUUAGAAAGAACAAUGAAUCAGAAAAGGGAAAGCAUUUUGAUAGACUCCAAGGGACAUCCCGAUCCCGUGGAUCUGCCAAGCAUAAUAGUUUAUCUCAACAUCAAGCAGGCCUGCCAUCAAAGCAGAUGACAAGUAAAGCCUCCCUACGUUUUAGAAGGCAUCAGAAAUCAGCUCGCCCAAAUAUUGAUAGAGAUCCAGCUCUUCAUUCUCAGGCUGUCCUUCCAUUUCCUCACCAAUCUCUUCUAGAAUAUCAACACAGGAGCGCACCUUUCCAGUCUCUCGGUCAUGUCAUGGGCUCCAUUUCAACCAUGUUGAGAUAUCCUGUGACAACUCAUUUUGAUGCAUUUAUUGAACCUGCCUCACAAUUUCAUAGGUUUUAUAACAGCAAUUAUAGAUUCCAUGGUUACAUAUACAAUCUCGAGGAUUGGAAUCACUUAUCUGGAGUGAAUGUUGGUAGGCCAUUUCGUCUGUAUACUUCCGGAGCUGAGAAUAGGGGCAAUGGAGGUAUAGAGUUUGCUCUAUUCUACAGUAGGAUGUUAUUACUGAAGAUCUGUAUGCUGCCUUAAUUGUUCUCGCUGUGUUACUAAUACCAGAGGACAGGGCACAGAUGACAUGCACCUACUACAUACUCAACUGAUGGAAUUAGUUUCAACUCGCAACGUUUCAUUUAGUAUCUCAUUUUCCUUUGAUGAUGAUCUGUUCAUAAUCACUCUGCUAGUUGAAACUGCAGCCGCAUCCUUUUGUGGAUAUAAUAAUUAAGUGUCACUGCUUAUACAUGUCAGGAAUGUU